AACCAAUCAAAAAUCUUGGUGCAUGCAGGCAGGCCUACCAAAGACUAGAAUUUAGAAAGAGGAGAGAGAAAAGUUUGUCUUGUAUAAUGUAAUUAUUAUUGUGAUUAUGUGCUCAAUAAUUUAUGGUAGUAAUAUCUAAAUGAGGCUUGAGCUACAAAUCACCAGUUAAAGAAAGAUAGGUUGACCUUGUUUUCCGCUUUAGUUGAAUUACAAAUAAUUUCCCCAUCAAAAUCGCUGGUUUUUUCUGGCUCCCCUGAAUUUUUCUCCUUCCAAUCAAUUUCAAUAUCAAUAUCCCAUACAAAUCAUAAAGGAAAAGUUGGUAAAGCAGGAAAAAACAAUAUAGUUAAAAAUAACCAACUUUUUUUUUAUUACCAUAUCCUUUAAAACUUUCUUCUUUUUCUACAGAAUUUCUUCCCUUAAUCAUCUACUUCUUCAUUUUCAUUUUUCAAAAUUUGACCCAAGAUUUUCUUUGAAAUCCCAUCUUUUGUGGGUUUUCAAUAUUGAAAUUUCUUGGCUAGUUUAGCCUUUUUCUGAAAUUUGGGUUGAAUUUUUUUGUUCUGGGUAUUUUUUGUUCAGUUUCUUUUUUGAUCAUUUAAACAAGUUUCAUGAGUUCUGAGCUGAAUUUCUGACGUUUUUUGGGGUUUAUUUGAAGAUUUUUGUUGAUAAAAGUUCAAUUGAGGUAAUUUUUUUUUUUUGUGGUGAAGAAAGGGUUUUGUGCUAUUAUUGGAUAAUGGAUACAAAAAUUGAAGAAAAACAACUUUCAAUGGCUCAAUCUGGGGAAGAACAGCCCAAGACAAAUUCUUCAAGUGAGAAUAUUGAAUCCUCUAAUGGCAUAAAAGAGGAUGAAAAGCCUGUGAAAGAUCCAUUUCCACAAGAUUUAGAUAUAGAUACCAAGUCAUCUGUACCAGUUGUUGAGGAUUCGGGUAUUCCUUCGGAUGGUGUUAAUGAGUCAGAUGGUCCCUUAAAUGGACAACUUGAUAAGGACUUGGAUUCAGAUUCUGGAAAACUUGCUUCUGUGGAUACUUCUGCUAAAGACAAUCAGGUUUCCUCUGAUGGAGAUGGUGCCACCAAUGGAGAUGGUGCCACCAAUGGGGAUGGUCCCACCAAUGGAGAUGGUGCCACCAAUCUCAAAUCCGCUGGGGCUGCAGUUGGAAGUGGGGAACCUGUUAGUCCAUCCAACCUUACUGCUGAAUACGACUUGAACAGAAUCCUUAUUGAUACAGCAGCACCAUUUGAAUCUGUGAAAGAAGCAGUUUCCAAGUUUGGAGGCAUUGUUGACUGGAAAGCUCAUAAAGUCCAGACUGUGGAGAGGCGCAAAAUUAUUGAACAAGAACUUGCAAAGGUGCAGAAAGAGAUCCCCCUGUACAAAGAACAGUCUGAGAUGGCUGAAAAAUCAAAGAUCCAAUUACUGAAGGAUUUGGAAAACAUUAAGAGACUUAUUGAGGAAUUGAAGCUGAAUCUGGAAAGAGCACAGACAGAAGAGCGUCAGGCAAAACAGGAUUCUGAACUAGCCCAGCUCAGAGUUGAAGAGAUGGAACAAGGAAUUGCCCAGGAGGCCAGUGUGGCGGCCAAGCAACAGCUUGAGGUUGCUAAAGCACGACACGCUGCUGCAAUUUCUGACCUAAAGUCUGUUAAGGAAGAGCUAGAAGUAUUGCAAAAGGAACAUGCUUCUCUGUUGACUGAGAAGGAAGAUGCUGUGAAGAAAGCUGAGCAGGCUGUCUCUGCAUCUAAAGAGAUAGAGAAGACUGUGGAGGAACUAACCAUAGAGCUGAUUACUACAAAGGAAGCCCUAGAGUCUGCGCAUGCUGCUCAUCUGGAGGCAGAGGAACAAAGAAUUGGAGCAGCUAUGGCGAAGGAUCAAGAUAGUCUCAAUUGGGAUAAGGAAGUGAAACAAGCAGAAGAGGAUCUGGAGAAACUAAACCAGCAAAUUGAGUCAGCUAAGGAAAUGAAAACAAAAUUGGACUCUGCAUCCACAUUACUAGCUGAUCUGAAAGCUGAAUUAGCCGCAUACAUGGAGUCAAAAGUAAGUGAAGAAAUUAGUGGUAGUGAUACUACAGCAGGGCAAGAGAACAAAACUCAUGCAGAUAUGCAAUUGGCAGUUUCUGCUGCAAACAAGGAACUUGAAGAAGUAAAGAUCAACAUCGAAAAGGCAACUGAUGAAGUAAACUGCUUAAAGGUGGCAGCCACGUCACUGAAGACGGAACUUGAGAAGGAAAAGUCAGAACUUGCCAACCUAAGGCAGAGAGAAGGUAUGGCUUCGAUUGCUGUUGCUUCUCUUGAGGCUGAGUUGGAGAAAAUCAAGUCAGAAAUAGAUGUGGUUCAGAUGAGGGAGAAAGAAGCUAGAGAAAAAAUGGCAGAGUUACCUAAGCAGUUGCAGCAUGCCUCUCAAGAGGCAGAUGCGGCCAAAUCAGCUGUUGCUUCAGCUCGUGAAGAGUUGAAAAGGGCCAAGGAGGACGCGGAGCAAGCUAAAGCUGGAGCUACUACCAUAGAGAGCCGAUUGCUUGCAGCUCGGAAGGAUAUGGAAGCUUCCAAAGCUUCAGAGAGGCUAGCUAUAGCUGCAAUUAAAGCUCUCCAAGAGAGUGAGUCAACCAAAACUACCGCUGAUGAUGAGGAACCACCUGCUGGGGUUACACUUUCUUUAGAAGAGUACUAUGACUUGAGCAAACGGGCUCAUGAAGCAGAGGAGCAAGCCAACAUGAAGGUAACUGCUGCAAUGUCUCAAAUUGAGAUAGCCAAAGAAUCCGAGUUGAAAUCCUUGGCCCAAUUGGAAGAGGCAAACCGAGAGGUGGAAGAAAGAAAGGAAGCUAUGAGAAUCGCAAUGGAAAAAGCUGAAAAGGCCAAGGAAGGAAAACUAGGUGUAGAACAGGAGUUGAGGAAAUGGAGGGCUGAGAGUGAACAACGUCGUAAAGCUGGUGAUUUAGGCCAAGGUGCAGCAAAUAGCCCGAGGAAGAGUAUAGAGGAAGGACAAAAGGUAACAGAUUCUUCCAUGUUUGGACACGGAAUCAGAAUUGAGAAGGUAGUAGAUUCUGCUUCCCCUCUUAAGUAUGGUGAAGGACUUGGGCUGAAGAACUUGGAGCAAAUAGCCAAUUCUAGUGCUAGCUCUGCCCAGAACUCAGAUAGCCCAAAGGACUACACAAGAAGUCCAAAGGGUGUAUUUGGGCAGAGUAACACAAUGAAGAAGAAGCGGAGAUCUCUGUUUCCGAGGUUCUUUAUGUUCUUUACUAAGAGAAAAUCGUCUCAUAAUAAGACAUCUUAAGGUUCGUUUUCAUCAGCUGCUGCAUUCUUCAUUCUUCAUUCUUCAUGCCACGAAGUCCUCAUGUAAAGCAGCAUUUACAGGUUCUAUAUUGUACAUGGUUAUCAGUUAUGUAUUUACGUUUAUACUUUUUUCUUUUUGCUUGGUAUAUUUGAGCUUUACUUUUAUGUACAUGUUCAUCGAAAGACUAAAGGGUUGUCAAGGCACUAAUGUAUGCCUGUUUUUGGAGCUUGUUAUAGUAAGGUUUUAGCGAGAUGGAAUGUCAUGUAUAGAUGAAACAUAUAAAAACGACUCCACUGGUAAAAGGAGUUGAGGGUUGUAUGAUUGAAAAUUUGAGUUCAAUGUAGUGAGUUCUCUUUAAUCUUUAUAUAAAGGCUCAAUUUAAUUUUGGAAA